ACACGAGCUAAACAUUUUCCACCGGCUCUUUCUCUUUGUCCAUCCACCUCCCUGCUGAAGCAACAUCCACAGCAACACCAUGGCUAAUGUGGUCGAUACAAAACUAUACGACAUUCUCGGAGUAUCUCCAUCCGCAACUGAAAAUGAACUAAAGAAGGCAUACCGGAAACUGGCAAAGGAAUAUCACCCUGACAAAAACCCAAACGCAGGGGACAAGUUCAAAGAAAUCAGCUUUGCUUAUGAAGUGCUGACUAACCCUGAAAAGAAGGAACUUUAUGACCGAUGUGGAGAGCAAGGCUUGCGGGAAGGAGGUGGGGGAGGUCCAGGGAUGGACGAUAUCUUCUCCCACAUCUUUGGUGGUGGACUAUUUGGCUUCAUGGGAGGCCAGGGGAGCCGCUCCAGAAAUGGAGGCCGAAGGAGAGGAGAGGACAUGGUCCAUCCACUCAAGGUGUCACUGGAGGACCUCUACAAUGGGAAAACAACUAAACUACAACUUAGCAAGAAUGUACUCUGUAGCACUUGUAAUGGGCAGGGAGGCAAGACGGGUGCUGUACAAAAAUGUUCAGCAUGUAGGGGGCGUGGCAUGCGCAUCAUGAUCAGACAGCUGGCUCCAGGGAUGGUCCAACAGAUGCAAUCUGUGUGUACCGAUUGUAAUGGAGAAGGUGAAGUCAUCAGUGAGAAAGACCGCUGUAAAAAAUGCGAGGGCAAGAAAGUUGUGAAGGAGGUGAAGAUUCUGGAGGUACAUGUGGACAAAGGCAUGAAGCACGGCCAGAAAAUCACCUUUGGAGGUGAAGCUGACCAGGCACCUGGCGUUGAGCCUGGUGACAUAGUCCUUGUGCUGCAGGAAAAAGAGCAUGAGACAUACAAGCGAGAUGGCAAUGACCUGUUCAUGAACCACAAGCUCGGCCUGGUGGAGGCGCUGUGCGGCUUCCAGUUUAUGCUCAAACACUUAGAUGGAAGACAGAUUGUUGUUAAAUAUCCUGCAGGCAAAGUCAUUGAACCAGGCUCAGUGAGGGUGGUGCGAGGAGAGGGCAUGCCACAGUAUCGAAACCCCUUCGAGAAGGGAGACCUGUAUGUCAAGUUCGAUGUCCAAUUCCCCAGCAACAACUGGAUCAGCCCAGAGAAACUUGCGGAGCUGGAGGACAUGCUUCCCUCGCGGUCGGAGCCACCCAUCAUUACCGGUGACACGGAGGAGGUGGACCUGCAGGAUUAUGACGUGAGCCAGAGCUCGUCGUCGGGGAACCGCAGGGAGGCCUACAACGACAGCUCCGAUGAGGAGGGGGGCCACCACGGGCCAGGGGUCCAGUGCGCCCACCAGUAGUGUCAUACUCUCACACACAAACAACCACACGACCCACGUUGUACAUGGGGAGAAAAUGUAUGAGUUGCAGAGUAAACAGGAGGUAGGACGAAAUAAAGAGGCUUGGCAGUUCCUGAGACACGGAUCAUACGUACAUUCACUCAAUCACAGCAUCUGGAAUUGUUGACUAUUGGAGUGCGUGUGUUCGUUUUGAUCUUUGUCUGAGUAACUCUCACUGGGGCGGCCAAAAAGAUUUAGGACCCUGCACCUUAAACAGAUUGAGACACUUUAAGCAAAAUUCAGGUGGGAGGGGUUUUGAGUUAUGUAUCAAAGCAUACAGUUGCCUCAUUGAAUCCCAAGCCUUGUAGGAAAACUGUGAUCUGGCGUUCUGGAAGACCCCCACCCCCACCCCUCUACUCCUCUGUAAGUCCCCUCCCCUCUGCCUACGGGAACUCCAGAUCAGACGAAGAAAGGAAUGUCUCUUGUUUGCUGAGUGUGUGACUUGCAUUUUGUUUUCAUAGUAUUUACAAUAAUUAAUUUAAAAACUAACCAAUGUGCAUACACAGGAGAAAAAAAAAAAAAAAAAAAGCAGCUGAGCAAUGUGACGUGCAGAUCCUCGGACUCAUGUAUUCAUGGAUUCAUCUACUCAGCGCCACUUGUAGGAUUUGUUUUUUUGAUUUUUACUUGCUUUGUUUGUAGGUUUUUACUUGUUUCCCUUUUUCUUUAUAUUUUAAUUCAAACCGGGAAAAAAAAAAAAAAAGGUAAUGUGUAUAUCAUUGACCUGCCUGUUGGUAAGCUUCAUCAGCUGCUGUAUUCAAAGCUGUGUAAUUUUUAAAAAAUAAAAAUGAGAAGUGAAAUAAAUACCCAUAGCCUGUAUCUGUGCUGAGACCAUGUGCAUGUAAAAAAGCUUUGGUUCUUGCACUUAUCGAAACAUCAGUCAAAUAAAGCAGCACACUUCUUAAGAAAAUGUUUAUGAAGUUGUUGAAUAAAUUGUUCAAAUAUCA